AUGAUUGCUUUCCAGCAAAAAAUUUUGAACUUGAUCAAGUGUUUCAGAAGACAGUGGCCUUUAUUUUCAAACUCUGACAGGACUACUGUAUGUGGAGCAGACUGCAUGUUGAUGGCAUUACAGCUGUCAAUGGCUGAAGUCAAUAAACAGUACCAUGGAGAUUUCACAGUAUCACUUAGUGAUGUGUUGGAAACUUGGAAAUAUUUGUUACAUGACAAACUGGGAUUAUCAUACAAACACAUGAAAGAACCUGAAAAUUAUGCUGACCUAAAAAAAGCCUAUGAUGCCUUCUUAGCAAGAAGUAAUAUGUUAGAUCUAAUAGACAUAUGCCAGAAGUGCAAUGGUCUUGGACUUGUAUCUGAAGAUGAAAGCAUAACCCCUGUUCAACUCUUGGAAUUUAUUUCUGGCAUAAUGAAUGCAAAAGAAAAUAAUGGUUCUAUUCUUUCUACUCCUACACGAGUCAACAAACAGGGCCAGGAGAAUGUGAAGGUGAGAAUCCUGGCAAAGAAGUGUGUUUGUUCGUAUUUAAGCCUGUUGGUGAAUUCUAAGGAUGAUCUGGCAUUGGCUCAUAUUCUAAAUGUUCCUGACAGAGGACUUGGCAGAGAAGCCUUCACGAACCUAAAACAUGCCUCACAGAAGAGAGGAAUGUCCAUUUUCCUGAUGGCAACAUCUUUUAUUCGAACUGUAGAACUUGGAGGAAGAGGCUGUGCAUCUUCAUUAUUUGAUCCUUUAAGAGUUCACGUAAAGGGGCUUUCAAACUUUGUUAAUUUUAUUGACAAGCUGCAAGAAAUUGUUGGUGAAAUCUUAAAUCCAAGAGUUGCAGGGGGGCAAAUUCUGUCAACAGUGAAGAUGCAUUUGAUAAAAGGCCGAAGCAAUGGGGAUCCUUUCUGUCAGGCAGUAGAGGAAGUUGUACAAGAUUUGGAUUUGAAGAUUAAAAACAUUAUCGAUUCACAAUAUGAAGUCUUGACUGCCAGCACUACUGGAUUCAGUCCAGCACGGCCAAAAUUGCAUUCCAUAAAUCAUGGCACUGUUUAUUGUGGCAGAGAUACUGUAAAGGUCUUAUUAGUUCUUCUGGAUGAAGAAGCUGUCAAUCCUCCUACCCAGAACAAAGCAGAACUAUUAUAUGAUGAUGAAAACUUGAAUUUGUUUGGAACCACCUCUCUUUUGACACUCUUCAGAUCUCCAGCACAAUCCAAUGGAUCUUCUCCAAAACCUCUUAGACAACGUAUUCAGAAAAUUAUGGAUGAAAAAAAAAUUAAGAUGAAGCCAUCUUCAAUCAAAUCUCAGUUUGCAUGUACAUAUAAAAAUCAGUUCAGUGAAAUCCAGGGUUGGUAUUUCCUUGGCAGUAGCCACAUUCCAAGCUGCAUACAUCCUGCACCAAAGCAACAUUUAAAAGUUGGAUACCUCACAGAAGGUAUGAAUUCAUGUCUUGAUGUACCAGUGCUUGGAACUAUUUCUGAAAACGUUCACCAGACUAGAAGUUAUAAAGAAUUGGGAAAGCUGAGUUGUCAGCCAAGGAAAAAGAACGCCAAGAGUGAACAGAUGGAUUUGGAUAAUGACAAAGUAAUCUGUGAUAAGGAAAGUGAACCAUCUUUGCAAAAAAAUGCUAAAAGACCUAAGACUUCAAACAACCCUCAGAAGGAAUUGGACAGCAAAAUCAGUGGAAAAAGAAAACAUACCAAAUCUGCAAGCAAGAACGAGUUGAUUGCUGGUCAGGCAAAAUUAACUCACUUUUUUCAACUCUAA